CUUUCCUCCCGUCAGAGGAAGACGGCGAUAUUUUGGGAUUUCUCCUGCCGGCAGUCCAUGGCAGCUUCAGGAGCCGAGAGUCCCGCGUCCUGCCUCUCGGACUCAAAUAGGCAUCGGGCCACCCUCGCCAGAACCUCGUGGUGGAGACGCCCCCAAACGACCGGGAUCGCAAUCCUCUCGUCCAUUUUGCUCGAAGGAAAAUAGCGAACAAUAGGGCUUUCCUUACCUAAUCCCUCCUUGGUCUGCCCCCCACUCGACGCUCACACGGACUCGGCCGUCCGAUUGUCCGCCGGCUCCAUAUAAACUUCUUGACUACCUGCAUCGCGGCCUCUCCUCCUGUCCGCGUCCUUGUCCGGCUCCAGCCACGUGGAAUGGACCUCCUUUGAUGAUGGUUCUAUCAGCCUCAAAUUCGCCUGUUUCGUCCGCUCCGGCUCUGGUCAAGACCUGCGAGACCUGCGUGCGUGCGAAGAUUCGCUGUCUGCGAACCCCCGGUUCUCCGGUGUGCGACCGAUGUCGUCGAUUGAACAAGGACUGCUUCUUCCGUCCUGCCCGCUCCCGUUAUAACCCUGCGAAAAGGGAAACACGCAUCGAGGCCCUCGAAGGCAAAGUCAACCAGCUUCUGGGCCAAAUCCACAAUGAAUCACAGGCCGGAUCGAGUCCCAGCGCGGACGGUGACACCACACCGAGGGGCGAGAGCGGACCGAGUGCCCGAACGUCGCAGGAUGUGAUUUCCCGAGGAAUCGUCACCUUCGACCAUGCCAGUUCCCUCCUGGACGGCUUCCGUCGCACCAUGAUGCCGCAUUUUCCCUUCGUUAUCAUCCCGGAGAAAACGACGCUGCAGGAACUGCGCGAAGAGAAACCUUUCUUACUGCUGGCGGUUCUGACGGUUUCCCUGUACCAGAACCUGUCGCUGCGACGGGUUUUCAUGGAAGAGUUUCGGUCCGCGGCAAGAGAACGGAUGCUCUUCGGAAUGAUCGAGUCGCCAUUUGAGGUUCUGCAGGGCUUGCUUGUUAGUCUUGGAUGGUCCCAGUACAUAUACCAACCGCGCCAGUUCACAACCUAUUUCCACCUAGCGUUGAGCAUCGUUGUUGACAUGUGGCUCGACCGACCCCCGGAACUCCGAAGCUGCUGCUCUCGUUCCGAGUACGGGCCCAACAAUUUGUCUCCGGCUCACUUGGCGGCGGUUGCGCGCGAUGAAAAGAGAGCUGUGCUCGGAUGUUUCGUGAUCUCGUCAUGCGUUUCGAUAAUAAUGCAGAAACGAUGCACCUUCCCCUGGACGCCUCACAUCGAAAGAUUCGCCAUGGAACUGGCCCAAGAUCCCGAAUACCCAAGUGACGAAUAUACGAUCCAUCUCGUGCGACUUCAGCGUGUUUUCGAGAGAAUCGACGAGGUUUCGAUUAGUCACCCGCCCGGCAUGCAAGGGCGAAUGCCAGAAAUGGAGCGACACAUCUAUGGCUUUCGACAGGAGUUGGAAGAUUUCAAGGGCCAUUUGUCGUGUGCCAGGAUAAACACCCUCAUAAUCAGCAUGCAAUUCCAUACUCUGGAGCUGUACCUGACCCAAGUCAGUCUGUUCGACAAAUUCCACCCCGCUUCAUCCUACAAUUAUCCCUCUCCGUCAACAUCUAAUCCAGACGCGCCGCCAUCUUUCCAUCCGCGACGACAAAGAGAGCCUUCGAUGCUCCCAGGCUCCAUGAACUUUCGAGUGGAUUCACUCUGCCGCGGCCUCGUCGCCGCCGAACGCUACUUCGAUUCCGUAUUGACCUGGCCCGUCGGUGUGGAGCAUAACAUCAGCUACAUGCAGUGGGUGCAGAUCGGGUUCAUUCUCGCAAUUUCCGCCAAGCUGGCGGUAGCAGCGUCAGACCCGUGUUUCUAUCGACAAGAACGGGUUGGACCGUUGUGCGAUGCGCUCAACAUGCCUUUGGUUCUCAACAACUGCAGGCGACGUAUGCAGGCACUGUCUAAUUACACGGUGGACGAGUCGGGCGAGCGAGAUGUAUACUAUCACUACGAUCAAUGGCUGCGCCACAUCCACGAAUGGUUCGACCGGAAUUACUGUCUGCCGCAGCCAGACGGUCUGCCUUCGGCUCCUCCAGCCACGCGAGUCGCUCCUCCUCCCCCUCCCCCUGCUCCGAGCGCUCCUCCUGCCCCGAGUGUCCCGAGCGCCGGGGUCGCGCCUGGGCCUGUUCAGAUGCCACCGGCCACGAUGCCCGUCACAGCUCCCUACUUUCCUCCACAAUCGCGCGACGGUAGCCAAAGCGGACAGAUGGUGCCAACAGACAAUAACGGGCUGGCAUGGCUGGACACAUUCCAGGAUGCAACCACGGAGGAAAUCAUGAACGGAUGGAUGGCGUUAUCGGCGGUACCACUAUAGAUGGGUUGGUUUUCAUUUGGGGUUCGGGGUUUUGGAAUUAAAAUGCGGUAUAUUUAUGAUGUAAUUAGCUAAGUUUCAGUUGUAUACACAUAUCCAUUUCUUGUGAAUAUCAUACCAAUCAAUCGUUGAACACUUGGG